CGGAUGCUAUUAUAGAGGAGUCUGCCAUGUUGAUGAAGAGCACUAUUGAACCCCAAAAUGAGAGGUUCAGAGAUUGUCAUCAAUGACAAAAUCUAGAGCAACGCCAAAAAUAAAUCCGUUGGGAGAUAGAGGAAGAAAUAAGAAGAAGAAAGGCGAAAAUGCAGAUCUUCGUGAAAACUCUCACGGGUAAGACCAUCACUCUCGAGGUCGAGUCCAGCGACACUAUCGACAAUGUCAAGGCCAAGAUUCAAGACAAGGAAGGAAUUCCGCCGGAUCAGCAGAGAUUGAUCUUCGCCGGGAAGCAGCUUGAAGAUGGCCGGACCCUUGCCGACUACAAUAUCCAAAAAGAGUCUACUCUGCAUCUGGUGUUGAGGCUUCGUGGUGGAAUUAUCGAGCCGUCUUUGAUGGCUUUGGCUAGGAAGUACAACGCUGAGAAAACGAUUUGCCGCAAGUAUGUUUUCAUUUCCUCAUCCUCAAUGUGUUUGUUUUUUUAUUAUCAUCCACUGAAUCAUUCGGCAUAUGAAAUCUCAAUUCUGGAUAAUAUUUCUUCAACUUUAAGUAAAGAAGUGACAUCUAUUUCUACACGGUAGCUCUGUUCUCUUUUAAAUUAGGUGCUACGCUCGCCUUCAUCCCCGUGCUGUCAACUGCCGCAAGAAGAAAUGUGGUCAUAGCAAUCAGUUGAGGCCAAAGAAGAAGAUCAAGUAGAUGAUGUGUGGGAAGAUUAUCCAAGGUUGUCAUCAUCGUUUUGCUUUCUUUUGUACCUGCAUGUGUUAUUGUGUUGUCUCAAACUAUUUAUCUGUUUCUUAAAUUAAGAAUGUUUUGACAUUAAGUUGAAGUUUUCUGUUCCAUUAAUGGUUUGGUAAUCAUAUUGGGUAACAUUUGCCCUCGUUU